AUGCUUCAUUUUUGCUUAACAGAUCUUUGUAAUACUGAGGAUUUCUUGCUGGAGGCUCAAACGAUGAAACGACUUCACCAUCCACAUCUCAUCCAACUGUAUGCAGUCUGCACCCAGUCAGCACCAUUCUACCUCAUCACCGAAUUAAUGGCAAAGGGUUCUCUGCUGUCUUUCCUUCAAUCGCAAGAAGGUCGUGUGUUGAAUGUUUCGAGUUUGGCUCUCCUAGCGGUCCAGGUCGCAUCGGGAAUGGCCUAUUUGGAGUCUCAGAGAUAUGUACACCGCGAUCUAGCUGCACGGAAUUGUCUUGUGGGCGAUGGAAAUGUUGUCAAAAUUGGGGACUUUGGUUUGGCUAGAAUGAUUCAGAAUCAGGAAUACGUAGCUCAUGCAGGUGCACGUUUUCCAAUUAAAUGGACAGCUCCUGAAGCCGCCAAUUACUCCCGAUUUACCACCGCCUCCGACGUGUGGUCGUUCGGCAUCUUGUUGACAGAAAUCGUCACCUUUGGGCGCGUACCCUAUCCAGGAAUGCACAAUGCGGAAGUUCUUCGUCAGGUGGAAGCUGGUUAUCGAAUGCCCUCGCCACCGGGAUGUCCUGCUGAGCUCUACGACCUAAUGUUGGAGUGUUGGGCCGCUGAUGAAACUGUUCGACCUUCCUUCGCUAGUAUCCACUCGAGGCUACAAGUUUUCUGUGAAGAAUGGGACCGUCCGGCUUAUCGAGAUCCCUCAACUGCAACUGUGGGUGGAACAACAGGGUUUUCAGCAUCAGAGAGAUGUGAUAGUCCACCGCCUCCUCUACCGAUAUAUCGCCGUCAUGGUAUUGCUAAUUCGCGCCAAAAUUGA